AUGAAGGUCACUAUUCUCGCUUCUGCCAUUCUGGCCCUCAUCAAUGGCGCUCUGGCUCUUCCUGCCAACGCCCCAACCCUCGAUGUCACCCUGACCCAGGUCGACAACACCCGCAUCAAAGCCACUGUCAAGAACACUGGCAGCGAGGAGGUCACCUUUGUGCAUCUCAACUUCUUCCAGGAUGCUGCUCCUGUCAAGAAGGUCUCGCUCUUCCGCAAUGCCACCGAGGUCGACUUCACCGGAAUCAAGCGGCGCGUCCUCACUCAAGGCCUCACUGACGAUGCCGUGACAACCCUCCCGGCCGGCGGCACCUUCGAGGACGAGUUCGACAUCGCCAGCACCGCCGACCUCAGCCAGGGCGGCCCCGUGACCAUCCGCACUGACGGUGUCGUCCCCAUCACCAAAGACAAGAAGGUCUCGGGCUACAUCCCCUACCGGUCGAACGAGCUCGAGAUCGAGGUCGACGCCGCAAAGGCCGCCGCCGUGCCCCAGGCCAUCAAGCUCAUUGAGCUUGAGCGCCGCACCAAGGUCACCUCCUGCUCCGGCAGCCGCGCCUCAGCCCUCACCACUGCCCUGCGCAACGCCGCCUCCCUCGCCAACGCCGCUGCCAGCGCCGCCUCCUCGGGCUCCUCCGCCCGUUUCCAGGAGUACUUCAAGACCACCUCCAGCAGCACCCGCAACACCGUCGCCGCACGCUUGCGCGCCGUCGCCAGCGAGGCCUCCUCCCAGUCCUCCGGCGGGACUACCUACUAUUGCAGCGACCCCUACGGCUACUGCGACUCCAACACCCUCGCCUAUACUCUCCCCUCCAACAACAUCAUCGCCAACUGCGACAUCUACUACUCCAACCUCCCUGCCCUGGCCGGCUCCUGCCACGCCCAGGACCAGGCCACGACUACCCUGCAUGAGUUCACCCAUGCCCCGGCCGUCUACUCGCCCGGCACGGAGGACAACGCCUAUGGAUACAGUGCUUCCACCGCCUUGAGUGCCAGCCAGGCGCUGAACAAUGCGGAUACCUACGCCCUGUUUGCUAACGGUACCUCCCCCCCUUCAUCCACCUUUGCCUCUUAA